AUGACCACACCUAAGACCACUGCCACCACCUCAGGGACCACCACCACCUUCCCAGAGCCCACCACGACCUCAUGGCCCAGCACCAGCUCCUCAGGGACCACCCCAACCUCCUCAGAGACCACCACAACCACCACAGGGACCUCCACGACGUCCUCAGGGACCACCACGACCACACCUAAGACCACCAUGACCACAACAGUGACCACCAUGACCUCAGGGACCUCCACAACCUCCUCAGGGACCACCACGAGCACUCCAGAGGCCACCACGAGCACCCCGGAGACCUCCACGACCAUGUCAGGGACCACCGUGAUCUCCACGACCACCCCGAGCACCCCGGAGACCUCCACGACCUCAGGGACCACCAUGAACCCACCACUGACCACCACGACCACCUCAGGGACCACCUCGACCACCUCGGGGACCUCCACAACCUCAAGGACCUCCACAAUCACCUCAGGGACCACCACGAUGACAUCAGUGUCCACCACGAGCGCCUCAGAGACCACUCCAACCACCCCAGGGACCUCCACGACCUCAGAGACCUCCACGACCUCUCCAGAGACCUCCACGACCUCCUCAGGGUCCACCAUGACCACCCCAGUGACCUCCACGACCACCUCAGAGACCACCACGACCACCCCAGCAACCUCCACCACCUCCCCAGAGACCACCACCGCCUCCUCAGGGUCCACCACGGCCUCCUCAGUGACCUCCACAACCUUCCCAGAGCCCACCACGACCUCAGGGACCUCCACGACCCCUCCAGAGACCUCCACGACCUCCUCAGGGACCACCAUGACAACUGCUAAGACCACCACGACCAACCCAGAGAUCUCCACGACCACCUCAGGGACCUCCACAUCCUCAGGGACCUCCACGACCACCCCAGUGAUGACACCAACCCCCUCAGAGACCUCCACGACCUUUACAACCACCACGACCACCCCAGUGACCACCACCACCACCGCAGAGGCCACCAGGACCUCAAGGACCUCCACGACCCCUCCAGAGACCUCCACGACCAUCUCAGUGACCUCCACAACCUCUCCAGUGACCACGACAUCCACACCAGGGACCACCACGACCACCCUGGUGACCACCACGAUCUCAGAGCCCACCACGACCACCCCGGUGAGCACCUCAACCACCUCAGGGACCUCUGUGGCCACCCCAGAGACCACCAGCACCUCAGAGGCCACUCCAACCACCCCAGUGACCACCACCACCUCCUCAGGGACCUCCACGACCACCUCAGAGACCACAACGACCACCCCAGGGAUCUCCACAACCCUUCCAGGGACCACCACGACCACUCCAGAGAUCUCCACGACCUCCUCAGCAUCUACCGCGACCACUCCCAAGACCUCCACGACCAUCUCGGUGACCUCCACAACCUCUCCAGUGACCACGACAUCCACACCAGGGACCACCACGACCACCCCGGUGACCACCACAACCUUCCCAGGGACCACCUCAAGCACCUCAGGGACCUCUGUGGCCACCCCAGGGACCACCACCACCUCCUCAGGGACCACCACGACCUCAGGGACCUCCACAACCCCUCCAGAGACCUCCAAAACCUCCUCAGGGACCACCAUGACCACCCCGGGGACCUCCACGACCACCCCGGGGACCUCCACAUCCACCUCCUGGACCACCUCAACCCCCUCUGGGACCACCGCCACCUCCUCAGGCUCCACCACGACCAACCCAGGGACCUUCACGACUUCCCCAGAGACCAUCACGGCCUCAGGGACCUCCACGACAUCCUCAGGGUUCACCACGACCACCUCAGGGACCUCCACAACUGCACCAGGGACCUCCACGAUCUCAGUGACCACUACAACCAUCCCAGAGACCACCACCACCACCUCAGGAUCCACCACAACCACCCCUAAGACCACCAUGACCACCUCGGGGACCUUCACCACCACCUCAGGGACCUCCACGACUUUCCCAGAGACCACCACGACCUCAGAGCCCGCCACAACCACCUCGGGGACCUCCACGACCUCCUCAGGGUCCACCACGACCACCCCAGAGAUCACCACGACCACCUCGUGGACAACCUCGCCCACCUCAGGGACCUCUGUGGUCACCCCAGAGACCACCCCAACCACCCCAGGGACCACCACGACCUCAGGGACAACCACGACCAUCUCAGAGACCUCCACAACCAUCUCAGGGAGCUCCACCACCUCCUCAGGGUCCACCAUGACCACCUCAGGGACCUCCACAGCCACACCAGAGACCCCAAAGACCACCUCAGGGACCACCAUGACCUCAAUGACCUCCACGACCUUGCCAAUGACCACCACCUCCUCCUCAGGGUCCACCACGACCUCCUCAGUGACCUCCAUGACCACAGCCCACCACCACCUCAGUGACCUCCACAACCAUCCCAGAGACCACCACGACCACACCAGAGACGCCCACAACCACCUCAGCGUCCACCACGACCACCCCAGGGACCUCCACGACCACAUCAAGGACACCCACAACGACCUCAGGGCCCACCACAACCUCCUCAUGGACCACCCCGACCACCUCAGGUACCUCCACAACCUCCUCUGGGCCCACCACAACCACCUCAGGAUCCACCACGAGCACCUCUGGGACCUCCACAACCACCACUGGGACAACCACGGCCACCCCAAAGACCACCACGACCUCAGGGCCCACCACAACCUCCUCAUGGACCACCCCGACCACCUCCUGGACCACCCCGACCACCUCAGGUACCUCCACGACCUCCUCAGGGCCCACCACAACCUCACGGACAACCACGGUGCUGACCUCCACCACCUCCACCACGGCUCCUCCUCCACCAGGUGA